AAAAAGAAAAGAAAAGAAAAGAAAGGCCUUGCGGCACUACAUGACUUUAAAAAAAUAAAUAAAAAAUAAAUAAAAGCUGUGAGUUUAUGUUGCUAUCUCCAGUCAGCUACCCCAAGGUUCGUUCUAUGUUCUUUUUCCUCUUUAAAUCUGGUUCCUGUUGUCACUGUGUUUACUUACGUGCUCAAUCCUGGACCACACACGGGGGAAUUUCGGAAUCGCCAAUCCGUACUUCUGUGAAAACCACGUUAGCUAGAAUGUAGUAUUUGCGUGCAGUUGUUUUGUUUUUAUCCUUAGAAGAUAGAGUCCAAAUAUGUUUUUACCAAGUUAUUUUGGUGCACGUACGCGGGUUUUUUCAUGUAUGUUAAUCUUUUGUCGUGAAGUUAGGUUCGCUUUUUCUGUUCAUCUCUCAUUGUGAGCCCUUACGGAUUUGGAGUUUCGGUUUGUGAACCGUGUUGUUCUGAAAGCCAGUGGCUUCCCGGGCGGCCGGCCGGCUCAGCGCAGGGAACACUGCUCCUGAUCCCAGGGUCAUGAGUUUGAGCACCACGCUGGGUGUGGAGAGCACUUAAAUACGUAAAUAAACAACAGAAACGUCAACAGCUUUUAACUGUAAGCUGAUUCAACUUCCCUUCCACUUUAUUUCUCAUUUACUCAGUUUUUACUUGUUUUCUGUUAUUGUUGGCAAAGGGAUUUGGCAGAUGUACGUGCCAACAACAGAGCACUUCCCACCCCCCCCCACUCUAGUGGUGCCCCCGACCCCAGCAAGUGCCACUGGUGGAAUUAAGAUCCAUUUUGGCUCCUGUCUCUUAUUUCCAAUUUUGCAGAUGGUUGUGGGACUAUUUUUGGCAGUCAGUGAAGCAUGGGAAGAAAGGCUUGUGGUCACAGGCCCAUGAUUUUCAUGCCCUGGAUGUGCCGGAAGAGGCCACGUAUGGAGUUCAGCUCAGAUAGCCCACGCUGCGUCCCAGCGUGGGUGCAGAACCAGAGAUGAGCCACCUCUGCACUUUCCUUCAAGUUCCACAAAAAUGUCUUGCAAAUUAAACUCACUACCUGUGUUUAUAGAGCGACGAGGGAACACUCCUUAAUGAGGUCCGUUUGGGUUCUUCCACGUUAGGAGUGGCGGGGCCCAUCUUACUGGUGGCCGAGUCCAGAGCCUAAGGCAGCCGGGGCCGCGGUCCUCAGGAAGGCGGUGAACGGGAACCUCUGCUUUGGACAGCUCUUUGCUCGGCCAGAGUGCCCAGUCGUCCCGUUCGUAAGCGUCUAGUGACCAGCUUCCCCUGCACAGACGUUCCCUUGUGUAAGCUGUAGUGUCUGUAAGUGCUUAUGCUGUAACGUGGUCAUUUGAGCAACGCUUUCCCAGUUAAGUACUCAUCAGAUGUUUAUUGUAAAACAAAAAUUGUAAAACAGUUGCUCCAAAUCUGGUCAGCCCCGCAGUGCGAAUAAUUCUAGUGUCAUAUCUGCCCAUCGGGUAACUUGCGGGCUCAUCUCUGAUGGGUUUUACUCGAUGGUCUGGUCCCCUGGGUGAGUGGUAAGAUUAACCCAUGGGACAGGAACACCCUGUCCUACUCCUUCCCUGUUUGUCCAGCAUCUAGACCGCGCAGGAGGGCUGGGCACAGCCCCAGGACACAGCACGCCCCCUGCAGAGCCCCCGUGCUUGGGAAGCUCUGCACCUCCCAUGUGGUUCUUUGUGGUUCCCUGGGACUUACCUUUGUCUCGAGCUCUGUCCUCCUAACCGUGGCGCCAGCUGUCAGAACACCUGGCAUGGGCUCCCCUGGCAGCUCUGGCCACCUCUGGCUCCCCCCGAAGUUGCUAGGACUCGUCGGUAUCUCCCAUCGUCGGGAAGUGCCCGCUUCUGAGCCUCUCUUACCCUGUGCUCUGUGCAAGGUGCGCCAAGACCCAGGUGUUGCCCCCACCUUGCCUCCGACAAGGCCGCCCCUCCCGUUGGGCACCCGCUGCAGGCCGCUGGCGAGGCUCGGGUGAGCGAGCCCCAAGCCGCUCCACACUCCUGGCGGCCCCUGGGGUGCUUUUGUGUGUGUUGCUGCCUGAGGUCAUCUUCCAGACGGGGCCGCUGCUGCCUACAUCCGAAUGGGGGCUGCAGGCCUUCCAUGCAGGGGAGACCGUGGCUUUCACGAGGCGUUCUUUCCAUCUUCCUGACCCUGGCGAUUUCCAGGCGCUAGGUCUGAAAUGAGGGUUAGAAAGCUCCGUGUUUCACACACACGGAAGUCAGUGAUGGUGUGGCCCCGCAUGGCCCUGCUCCGUCCCCUGCUUCCCCCCGCCCCGUCCCCUAGAACACUGGGAACGCCAUGCGCAAAGCCAGGGUAACGGUGCGUCUCUCCCCUCAGUGGGAUGUCUGUAGUUUCCCCAGAAGCUUCACGCCAUCCCUCCUGAAAACUGGACGCUUGCUGGGGACAUCCGCUGGCCGACCCGUUGGGUCCAUCUGACUCUGUGACGUUUAAAGCCGAUUGUUGUCAGCCUCAGGGCUUUUAGGAUCAUCCUUUGGUGAGAUCACCCAGCAGCAGGGCACAGGCUGCUCUGUGAUGAGGGAAGGGGUGUGCGCCGUUGCAGGGCGGCUACCAGUGGAUGCUGCACCAUCUGAGCUGCUCGCUCCCGAGGAGGGAGCUGUCCCGGGACUCCCCGAAUACUGUCCCAAACAGGUUGAACUUUACCUUGAGAAUGGCCAGAGCCAUGUCCAGACACCGUACAGACAUGGUAUCCCGUGGUCGGCUCUCUGGAUUACGGGAGUACCCCUUAACUUCAGGAGUGAAACGACACUUCACGUCCCUGAAGACGUCGUACGGCCGGUUCAGAGCGUGACCGCUUACUGGAGAGUUCUCGAGUUAGCGUGAAGAACGCCAAAGCAGGAGCCCUGAGUUUCUCUUGCUCCGGUUUCUGAGUUUCUGUCUGUAUUUGCUGUAUGCUGACAAGGUGGCUGCUGUGGGGGUCCCCUCAGGAGCGGCUCCGCUGCACUUCUGUGACCCCGUUUCAGAGUGUCCCUGCAGGGCUCUCGAGUCCCGCCCACUGGUCUCCCCCGGUCCCAACCACAAACGAAGAAGAAAGUAUCAGUCCGGUGGAUUGGAGAUCAAGAGGCGAGGAAGCGGCUCGUGAGUGCUGAAUCUCCUGGACACCGAGGCGGGUGCCGCGUGGGGCCCGGCGGCUCUCGGAGGCUGGCGGGCUCCAGCACUCGCUCACAUCCUUCGCGGCCACGUUUUCUCAUCCCUUCGGGAGCCUGUUCGGAAGGACCCAGCCCUUGUCGCCGCGCCGAUGCUGCCGCCCACGGAGCAGGCCCUGAGCCAGCUGCUGGCCCGCAAGGAGGAGGAGUGGCGAGCGCCGCGGGCCCAGCGUGGCCGGCUGCAGGAUGCGGAGCUGCAGGAGGCGCACAGCCGGCUGCACCAGGCGCAGGGGGAGCUGCGGAGCCUGCGGGAGGACUUUGUCCACAACCUGCGGGUGCUGGAGGAGCGGGACCUCGAGCUGGAGCGCUACGACGCGGCCUUCACCCGGGCCCAGGGGCUGGAGGAGGCUCAGCGGGCGGAGGUGAGCGAGCUCAGGGUGGAGGUGGCCCGGCUGCGGCAGGCACUGGCCCGAGAGGCCCGGUGGCGGGAGGACGUGCUGCAGCAGCACCGGCUGACACUGCAGGAGCACCGGCGGGAGCUGGAGCGCGUGCACAGUGACAAGAAUGGCGAGAUGCACCAGCAGCGGCAACAGUGCGAAAGCCUGAACCGGCAGCUGGAGAGAAAGCUCGCGGAGCUCGAUGGCCAGCUAGCUCUGCAGAGGCAGGAACUGCUGCUGGAAUUCAAGUCAGAAAUGCAGAAGCGGGAGCGGGGGUUCCGCCUACAGGCAGACAGCAUGAGCACCGUGGUCUUGACUCAUGAGCUCAAGGUGAAAGUGUUGAACGAGGAGCUGGUGGCUGUGAAGGCGGCAGCCGCCCAGGCCGCGGAGUCGCUGCGGACCGCGGAGGCCGCCGGCGCGGGGCUGGAGGACGAGCUGCGGCGCAGGGACCGGGAGCUCAGGGACGUGGCCGCCGCCAAGGAUGCCCGGAUAAAGGACUUAGAGGACAGACUGAACUGUGUGCAGCUCUCCAGGAAGAAAGAAGAGGAGGUGGCCAGGAGGAAGCACGACGAGCUGGACCGUCUGGCCAGGGAGAGGGAUGCGGCGCUGGUGGCUGUGAAGGGCGCCCACGCGGAGCAGCUGCAGGCCCUGGAGGCCCGGGCCCGGGAGGUGCAGGCCCGCUGUGAGGCCCUCGAGCUGCAGCUGCGCCGGGCUGAGUGGAGGCAGGGGGACACGCUGAGAGAGAAGGACGCCGCCCUGGACAGACUUCGGGAAGACGCGUUGGCUCUAAGAUCCGGCUGGGAUGCCCAGAUCGCUGAGCUGUCCAAGGAGAUGAUCUCCAAGGACCUCCAGAUUCAGUCACUGCAGGCAGAGGCAGUGGAACUCAAGGCACAUCUGGCCAGAUGUCAGCAGGACAUUGGAAGGUACAAGCAGCAGCUGUCCGCAGCCGAGGAGAGGGAGCGGGGCCUGGAGCGCGAGAAGGCGCAGCUGGAGCUGGACUGGCGGCAGCGCUGUGACACCGUGGAGAGGGACCACUACCACAAGGCCGAGGACCUGAUUCGGGCCCUGAGCGAGGCACGGGAUCAGGCGGCUGCCAAGCUCCAGGAGACAGAGCGGACACUGCGUGACCAGGAGGGGGUGCUCAAGGCCUUGACGCUGGAGAGAGACCAGGCCGUGCAGGCUUUGAGGACACGCGGCCUCCUUCCCGAGGAGGUGCAGGUGCUCCUCGGGCAUCGGGAAGAGGAAACAAGGGCAAGUUUUCCGUCCAGUGAGGUGCAGAGGCUCCAGGAGCAGAACAGAAGCUUACGAAGGGCCAUCGUGGAGAUGAGGAAAGAAAUGGAGACUCUGAGUGACCACGUUCCUCCUCCUGCCCUGUCGGGGGUUCGGGCCUCCGACACAGAGCAGCCCCGUCCAAGCCCAGAGGCAGCAGCUGAGGCGCCUGAUCACGUUACGGUCCUUGAAACAGAAAUACGAAAUCUAAAGCAUAAAUUUAAAGCCUUGGAAGAACAACUAGAAGAUGUGUUCGAUCCUUUAAAGACGUCCUCCUCUUACACUGACUUUCAACCCAGCGUCCACACCUCGGCCGAUCGCACAGGUGGGUCAAGAGAGAGAUCACAAGCAGGCGGUGCGGGGGAAGCAGGAGGAGCUGUGCCGGCCGAAGGUGCCCCCGUUGGGCUAGCGCUCGGGAGGCUCCGAAACAGGGCACAUGUCGUGAACCGCCUGGUGUCCCGACUCAGGCAGAAGGUGCAGCGACCCCUGGACGUGGACACCGUCCAGCACGAGCUUCCCCGUGAGGUGGACCAGGUGUGCCAGCAGGUCUCGGAGCUGAGGAAGCAGGUGUUUGAGCUUGAGGAGCACCUUGGGAACAGGCCGCUGUUGCCCACCUUGGACGAAGUGGCCCUUGGGAGGGAGAGCCCCACAGACCAAAGACCCAGAGCGACUGAGGACCAGGGGCCACAGCCCCCACAGGCCUUGUCUGUGCCCCGACUCCAGAGGAAACUAAAGGAGGCCACCCGAAAAGCCCUCCGCCUCUGCCUGGAGAAGGAACAGCUCCUGGAGAUGGGGAACAGACUCCGCGCAGAGCUCGGCCGUCGUGCCCUGGGGGAAGCGCCUCAUCACCCCCUGCCCGGCCCCAAGGUCCAGAACCGGAGUGUCACCUGCGAGGCCCCUUUGGGACAACUGCAGCCCCGUUUUGCAGCUCAGGGCUCUGAGAACACCAGGAAGACCCGUGUCUCCGAGCGCUCGGGGAGGGUGCAGCCCCGCCGGGCCCAGACAGCUGGGAGAACCCAGCCUCCGCAGGGCCAGGCCGCGGGAGCAGUGACAAGGUCAGGGCAGCGGCAGCACCAAAUGUCUGCGGCGACUUGCAGAUGCAGUUGGCACAAAGAGAACCGGUCCCCAAAGCCGCGCCCGGCUCACGAAUGCCCCGUGGAGAGUAGGUGCCCGGCUGGGAGCUCCUCCUCGAUGGCCAGCUGUCCCCUCCAGGACACGUGGAAGUUACUGCACCUGGGAUCCAGCCCCUCUGGCCUCACGUCCCAGGACGACUUGGCACCAGAAUGUUUCCAAACAGAGCUCUCUACAGAGAUGACAUCUCAAUCAGAUAAGCACGUUGCCAGGCGGUUCCUCACCAGCGAUCCGAGGAUCCGCGGAAAAACAGAGCCAGCCGCCUCGUGUUCGCAGCCCGAGCGCGCAUGGAGGCCUCUCAGCAGCGGGUCCCUUUCUCAGCAGCUCCCGGAGCUCAGAGGCCGGGGCUCUGCCUUCGGGUGAGCAGACCUGGGCCCACAGACACUAGGUCACCCCCUAAGGUUUCCCAGCUCCCGGUCAGGGGAUCAGGACCAGAGUCCAAGCCGCUGCUCUCUGGACCCUGAGCCCACCGGACCCUGAGCCCACCGGCUGAGGAGAGUCCACGCCACGGUGCCCGUGGACGCCAGGCAUGGAUGGCUGCGCGCAGGCCUCAGAGGGCCGCGCUAACCACCGGGCGGUCCUCCGGGUGGCGGUGGCGGUGGGCCGGUGGCUGGCUCUAGCGAGCCCGUGACACCGUCCCGCGGUUGACCCUCAGUGGCGGAUGGUGCAACGCGCCAGAUCGUCCCAUUUUUCAAGAGAAAAUGGCCUCAGACCAGGGCUGAGGAAAUCUUGCUUUUAUAUAGCAUGUUUUCAUUUUUGAG